CCCAUGUGCUUACUAGAACGCGCGUGUUCGGCCUCCAUGGCACCUACGUGCGAUGGCAGUUGGUCCUCGGCAGAGAAGAAACAAAGGCUGCUUAUUCGUGGCAGCCCGUGCCGGGUUCAGUUGGAGGAGGAGCAGGAGGGUGUCGAGAGCCCUGCCAAGCAGUUUGCAUCCCACAGCACGGCCAGGGUACUUGUGAUUGGGCAGCGGCUAUGCUCGGCUAUAUCGUGUCCCUGCAAGAGCGCUCGUGUGCCCAGCAGCGCGGGACUCGCCGGGAAGACAAGGCAAGACAAGCAAGACAACAUCGAUGGUGGUGGUGGUGGCCUCGGUGGCGACCAGGUAAGAGAUGAGGCUGAUGUGGGCUUGCGUGGAACGUUACCGGCUAGGGGGGGGGGGACCCUGACAUGCCGCCUUGGGAUGCGCUGCAAUAGGGACAGGCUUUGGGAGACAAAUGCAUGAGCUCGAACGGCCAACAUGCCAUAAUGGGCAGUGGAGGAGGAGGAAGAGG